AAUAAAAAGUUAAUGUCCUAAUACAGAUACAAAAAAGAAAAAGCCUAAAUUUGAUACAAGCCCUAAAAGACCUGCGUCCACACUCAAGCUGCCACCGCGAGAAAGGCUUAGGGCCGGAAAAUCCAAGAGCGUUGUUCAGCCCUAAAAGACCUGUCCUAGAGUUGAAAACAUAAACAGUACUUCUGUUUUCAAGUCCGGGAAGCAAAUUACUAUUGGGAUUGCUUGAGGAACCAACUGCAAGUGAAAAUAUUUGAAAAUGUCAGAGAUCAAUAUCGAGAAUCGAAAAAAAUUGAAGAAUCCACAUAAAGCUGGCAAAACAAGCUUUGCUGUAGUCUGCAAUAGGAAAAAGAGAAGAACACUUCUGAACCUUUAUCUCUUCGAGAAUUCUUUGUGGCUACAAGAGCAAGAAAACCUGGAAGGUCAUACAAGGAAUCUGAUGAAGAUACAACUACUAAAAUUGGUGAAAUGGAAAAAAUUGAAACACAACAAAGUGAAGAUGGUAGCAGUUCUGUUAAUGCAUUUGCAGUCGUUAUGGGACCUGAACAUCCGGGACGUCUUAGAUUGUAUGGACGAGGGGUUACAAGAACUUCUUUGAAAGGAAAAAUGGGACAUUUUGAAUCCUCUUCAAAUGCUACAAAUGAUCUGGUGCAACAAAUGGAAGAAAGGAUGACAAGAAUGUUCGAGGAACAGAAGGAACAAUUUGAGAAACAGAAGGAACAAUUUGAGAAACAGAAGGAACAAUAUGAGGAACAGAAGAGAAUGAUGCGACAAGAAAUUCUAGGAGAUAUCUUUGUACAGCUUCAGCGUUCAGGAUUGCAAAUUGAUCCUAAUAUUAUAGCAAACUUGUGUGCUCGUUCACCAGGAGAAGCUUCGUCCGCACAACAAGUAGCUAUUCAACCAAUCAACAGGCCAUCUUUUAGCAGCAACAAUCAAGGUGAACCAAAUGAUAAGGGGGAGAUGAAAGCAGUGAAGACCUUACCUAAAAGUAUUGGUCGAAAAAUCUUCAGACAAUCUAGGAAUGUUUUUAUUUUUGAACUAUUUUGCAAACUUAUGUAUUCCAACUCUUGGAUUAUUAAACACUUUUAUCGUAUAUUUUACUUAUAUAAAUGGAUAAUGGUAGUUGUAUAUUUUGAAUUAUGAUUCUGUUGAUGAAUAUAUUUUCAUUUCGUCAGUUAUAUAUUAA